AUGGCGUCACAAAAGAGAAAGAAGAAGCGUUUCUUGGCAGGAGACAUGCGUGAAUGUAUCUCGAUACACGUGGGCCAGGCUGGCGUCCAGAUCGGCAAUGCCUGCUGGGAGCUCUACUGCCUGGAGCAUGGCAUCCAACCAGACGGUCAGAUGCCCGGCGACAAGGUUUCCGGAAGUGACGGUUCCUCCAACACCUUCUUCAGUGAGACUGGUUCGGGAAAACACGUCCCCAGGGCGGUUUUUGUGGACUUGGAGCCUACCGUCAUAGAUGAGGUGCGCACCGGAGGCUAUCGUAAACUCUUCCACCCAAAUCAGCUGAUCACGGGUAAGGAGGACGCGGCCAACAACUACGCUCGCGGCCACUACACCAUUGGCAAAGAGAUCAUCGAUUUGGUAGCUGACAGGAUACGCAAACUGGCCGACAUGUGUUCCGGCCUGCAGGGUUUCCUGGUGUUCCACAGCUUCGGUGGCGGCACCGGUUCUGGUUUCACCUCACUGCUAAUGGAGCGUCUCUCCGUGGACUACGGCAAGAAAUCCAAGUUGGAAUUUUCCAUCUACCCAGCCCCCCGGGUGUCCACCGCUGUGGUGGAGCCCUACAACUCCAUCUUGACCACGCACACCACACUGGAACACUCGGACUGCGCUUUCAUGGUAGACAAUGAAGCCAUCUACGACAUCUGCCACCGGAACUUGGACAUUGAGCGUCCCACGUACACUAACUUGAACCGGCUGAUCAGCCAGAUCGUGUCAUCCAUCACUGCCUCGUUGCGCUUCGAUGGCGCCUUGAAUGUAGACUUGACCGAGUUCCAGACCAACCUGGUGCCUUACCCGCGCAUCCACUUUCCACUAGCUACCUACGCCCCAGUAGUGUCGGCCGAGAAAGCCUACCAUGAACAGCUGUCCGUUGCCCAGAUCACUAACUCUUGCUUCGACCCGAGCAACCAGAUGGUGAAGUGCGACCCUCGCCACGGUAAGUACAUGGCCUGCUGUCUGCUGUACCGUGGUGAUGUGGUGCCCAAAGACGUCAACGCCGCUAUCAACGCCAUCAAGAGCAAGCGCACUGUUCAUUUUGUUGACUGGUGUCCUACCGGCUUUAAGGUGGGAAUCAACUACCAGCCGCCCACCGCGGUGCCCGGGGGUGACCUAGCUAAGGUGCAGCGAGCCGUGUGCAUGCUCAGUAACACCACCGCCAUUGCUGAAGCCUGGGCCCGAUUGGACCAUAAGUUUGACCUGAUGUACGCCAAACGUGCCUUCGUGCACUGGUACGUUGGCGAAGGCAUGGAGGAGGGCGAGUUCACCGAGGCCCGGGAGGACAUGGCUGCCCUCGAGAAGGACUACGAGGAGGUUGGCGCCAGCUCCCUGGAUGUUGACCACGAUGAGGGGGAGUACUAUUGA